CUGUCGAUUGGGAAAACGACCGUCUGGGUGAACGGUCAAAUAAUCGGUAAGAAUGAAAACGGGUAUCUGCCGUUUGAAUUUGACAUCACAGACGCACUCACGCCAGGGGAACCCGCGCUUAUCGUCGUUCGGGCUUACGACGCACAGGACCACGGCGAGCAACUCGCGGGCAAGCAAAUUGGUUGGUAUGAACGAACCAGCGGUAUCUGGCAGUCUGUCUACUUAGAGCCGAGAAACGAAACCCACAUCGCGCAGUGUCACAUAACGCCUGACAUUGACAAUGCUUCCGCUACAUUUGCCGUUAAGGUAGGUGGAAACCACCGAGAAGAUGCAGAAGUCGGGAAUCGCCCGAAUCAUAUUCAGAAGCCCCUCCUACUACGUUGGAAUUGUGACGGACUCACUGGUUCGGUUGAAGUUUCUGGAGACCACGAUACGCAAUGGACCAUCAAUAUCCCUCCAGAACAACUCCGCCUGUGGGACGUAGACACUCCAAAUCUCUACGAUGUCACGCUUGAAUUGCUGGCGGAAACCAACACUGUGAUUGAUAGGAUUUUUACCUACUUCGGAAUGCGGAAAGUCUCUAUAGCGAAAGCCCCGGGUGGAGAUUAUCAGUAUAUCUACCUCAACAACCGCCCUAUCUACCUGCUUGGUGCGCUCAAUCAGUCGUUUAACCCCGAAGGCGUGUAUACGUUCCUGACAGAUGAAGCCAUUCGCAGAGACAUCGAACGCGCAAAAGAAUUCGGAUUCAACUUCCUCCGACUCCACAUCAAGGUAGAUGAGCCUCGCCUCUACUACUGGGCUGACAAGUUGGGUUUGCUUUUUAUGUGCGACAUACCGAAUUUCGGCGACUAUACGGAGAAAGCGAAGGCACGAUCUGAGCAAACGCUUCGCGGAAACAUUGCGCGUGACUACAAUCAUCCGUCGAUCAUUUCAUGGUGCAAUUUCAACGAAACUUGGGGACUCGGUGGUAGGGAGUAUAAAGAGAUGCACGAACGGCAAGAAUGGGUGCGCGAGAUGUACCACCUUGCCAAAUCUCUUGAUACCACCCGUCUCAUUGAGGACAACUCGCCUUGUUUGUACGACCAUGUAGAAACAGACAUCAACUCGUGGCACUUCUACAUCAACGAUUAUGAACGCGCGAAAGAACAUAUUGCCAACGUUGUGGAAGAAACAUAUCCCGGUUCAGCGUUCAACUAUGCUGGUGGUAAUGUCCAGAGCGAUGCGCCACUGAUUAAUAGUGAAUACGGUGGUAUCUCAGCAGGUGCGGGGGAUAAGGAUGUCUCAUGGUGUUUCAAAUACCUUACCAACGAACUCCGACUCCAUCCGAAAAUUUGUGGUUACAUCUAUACCGAGUUGCAGGACAUUGAGUGGGAACACAACGGUUUCAUGAACUACGACCGUUCGAUAAAGGCAUUCGGAUACGACUACCUCGAUAUCAAUACCUUAGAUUUUAUCGCUAUCGAUUAUCCGCCUGGGACAACAGUUAGACCGGGUGAGAAGAUAAAGGCUGACAUCUACACGAGCCAUUUCUCACACAAAACCAUCACAGGUGCAACACUCCACUGGCAACUGGAUACGAUGUCAGCGACUGGAGACAUCACACGAGGAUGCGUCUCAGGAAGCGUUGAUAUUCCAUUUCCGCAGUACCAGGUGGAAAAUGUGCAUCAACUUGAACUUACCAUGCCUGAUGUUCACCCCGCGGUCGGUACGCUCCACGUCUGGGUAACAGAUGGCACAGGUUCUGUUGUCGCCCGUAAUUUCAUCAACUUUGAGCAUGUGGAAGGGGAUUGUAUCCCCGAAACGAAUCCAGCAGUUGAACCCAGCGAUUCAGGGUUAGUAGGAGGGGCUUCUGAAUAUGAUUCGGGCGAUUCCCGAAUUAGCAUCAACUACGCCCCUGGAGACGUAUCCAAAUCGUCCUGGGAUGAACCAGCACGUGACGAACACCUAUUUUCCGCAGAGGGAAGUGGUUACGUUGAAUAUGAGAUUGCAUUACCAGAAGGGCUCGGUACAACAAAUCCCACAGAGAUGGAACUGAUUUUUGAAGCAUCCAGUUCAAACGGCGGUGCACGUCAAACGGAACCAGAAAAACAUCCAUCAGAUGUGACGAUCUCUGUCAACGGUGUUGAAAUCGAGACGAUUCGCAUUCCCGACUGUCCGGCGGAUGCGCGCGGUGUGCUCUCUUAUAUCCACGGGCAGCCUGGCAACUACGGUUACCUUUACAGGGUCAAGGUAGACCCCCCCCUCGUUUUCGAGCGUGAGGCAGACACAUUAACAGUCCGAUAUGAAGUGAAAGCAGAUGCUGCGGCGAAAGGGGGAUUUGCACUCUACGGUGCCCGCAUGGGUAGAUACCCGACUGGUCCCCAUCUGCUCAUUCAUCAAAAUUAG